ACAGCUUUAGACGACAAUAAAGAAAAAAUAGACAUUUUGAAACGAAUUUCGAAAUUUGCUAUCGUUACUUUAGGUGUUGAUUUUUCUAGAUUAAAUUUUAGUCAAGAAGAAAUCAAAGCAAUUCAUAAACUCGUACUAGCUGGAUCUAUUAAUGACAGAAAUGAAAAUGGUCAAUUGUUUUUGAAACCCUAUUCGCAAGAAUACAUAGAAUGUCUAAUACCUUUGAGUAAAUUCUUGAAAGAGGCAGUUGAUGACCCAAGUUUUUAUGUGACUGUGGGUCCUUAUGAAGUCUAUACCGAGUCUUCUGCACUAGUUGAAGGAUUCGCUGCACAUAUGCAAGAUAUUGAAGAUAUUGAAAAUAAUCUGCCAGUACCUGACGAAUAUAAAAAUAAGGAUCUCAAAACACCAAAGAUUAUUGUGGUUAAUUAUCAUUUAUCAUUGGAAAUUUUGGUUGGGUGA